GCGGCGGCGGCAAGCCGGGAGCAAGAUGGCGUUGCGGCCGGGAGCGGCGGCGGGCGGCGGCGGCGGCGGUGGGCCCGCGGGAGCUGGCGCGGGGGCCGCCGGGGGAGGCAGCUUCAUGUUUCCUGUUGCAGGUGGAAUAAGACCCCCUCAAACAGGCCUGAUGCCAAUGCAACAACAAGGAUUUCCUAUGGUCUCUGUCAUGCAGCCUAACAUGCAAGGCAUGAUUGGAAUGAAUUAUGGCUCUCAAAUGUCCCAAGGACCUAUUGCUAUGCAGGCAGGUAUACCCAUGGGCCCGAUGCCAGCAGCAGGAAUGCCUUACCUGGGUCAAGCACCCUUCCUGGGAAUGCGUCCUCCAGGCCCACAGUACACUCCAGACAUGCAGAAGCAGUUUGCUGAAGAGCAACAAAAACGAUUUGAACAGCAGCAGAAGUUGUUAGAAGAAGAAAGAAAACGACGCCAGUUUGAAGAACAGAAGCAGAAGCUCAGACUUCUGAGUAGCGUGAAACCCAAGUCAGGAGAAAGGAGUCGAGAUGAUGCUUUGGAAGCCAUAAAAGGAAACUUAGAUGGGUUUUCCAGAGAUGCUAAGAUGCACCCUACUCCAGCAUCGCACCCUAAGAAGCCAGAUUAUCCCACAUCUCAUUCUACUAAAACUGUCUCCCCAUCACCUGCUUUUCUUGAUGAAGAAGAAUUCAGUGACUUUAUGCAGGGGCCCAUGGAAGUCCCCACAUGUGGGCUCCCUUCCACUUCCCAGCCUUUUCAGUCUUUCCAUGCCACCAUCCCAGUUGGCCAGUCGCAUUCACAGAAGGCUGGAGCACAGCCUCUCCCUCCAGGCCAUUCCUUGGAAAAGAAGCUUCUAGUAUCUUGUGAUAUAAGUACAUCUGGGCAGGAACAAAUUAAGUUAAAUACCUCUGAAGUUGAGCACAAAGACCUAGUCCCAGGUUCCAGUAAAACUCAUUCCAGUUUUACAGCCAAUAACGGGGGUGCUGUAGAUGGCCGUGUAAGUGGUACCACUACUGCAGACGCAGAAAAGACUUCAGAUCAAAACCUGUCCAAUGAAGAGAGUGGUGUGGGGGUAUUUCCCUCACAGGAUCCUGUCCAGACUAGAAUGCCUGCUUGGAUUUACAAUGAAAGUUUAGUUCCAGAUGCCUAUAAGAAAAUUUUAGAAACUACAAUGACUCCAACUGGAAUAGAUACUGCUAAACUUUAUCCCAUUCUGAUGUCAUCUGGACUUCCCAGGGAAACUCUUGGACAAAUAUGGGCCUUAGCUAAUCGAACUACACCUGGCAAACUUACUAAAGAAGAACUUUUUACUGUUCUUGCUAUGAUCGCAGUAACACAGAGGGGUGUUCCUGCCAUGAGUCCUGAUGCUCUAAGCCAGUUGCCAGCAGCUCCUGUUCCAACUUUAACUGGCUUUCCCAUGACUUUGCCUCCUGCCGUGAGUCAGCCAACUGGGAUGCCUUCAGUCCCUGCCAGUUCCAUGGCCCUCAACCUCGGGCAGCCCGUCAUGGGCAUUAACCUUGCAGGACCAGUAGGGGGAGCUGCAGCCCAAGCUUCCAGCGGUUUCCUGCCAACUUACCCUACAAAUCAGGUAAAACCAGAAGAGGAUGACUUCCAGGAAUUUCAAGAUGCUUCUAAGCCAGGAUCCCUUGAUGUCUCCUUCAGUGAUUUCCAAGAGUUACCUGCUUCUUCAAAAACAGCCACUUCCCAGCAAGGAAACAGUGCCCCUUCUUUGUUGAUGCCACUUUCUGGAACUAAAACAUCUGCUUCAGCAGAUAAAUAUGCUGUGUUUAAAGGAAUUACAACUGACAAGUCCUCUGAAAAUACGGUUCCAUUUGGAGAGUCUGGUGAUAAAUAUAGUGCUUUCAGAGAACUCGAACAGACAGCAGAGAAUAAGUCUUUAGGAGAAAACUUUGCCGAAUUCAGAUCUGCAGGAACUGAUGAGGGUUUCACUGAUUUUAAAACCGCCGAUAGUGUAUCACCACUAGAGCCACCAACUAAAGACAAAACUUUUCCAGCAGCUUUUCCUUCAGGAACUGUACAACAGAAACAACAAACUCAAGUGAAAAACCCUCUGAACUUAGCUGACCUAGACAUGUUUUCCUCAGUUAACUGCAGCAGUGAGAAGCCGUUGUCUUUUCCUGCUGCCUUUAAUGCUUCAAAAUCUGUUUCCACACGACCCCAGCCAGCAGCAUCUGCAGCUACAGCCGCAUUGGCAUCAACUAAAACUUCUAGUCUGGCUGAUGACUUUGGAGAAUUCAGCCUUUUUGGGGAAUAUUCUAGUCCAGCACCCACUGGGGAGCAGGACGACUUUGCAGAUUUUAUGGCUUUCAGUAAUAGCUCCAUUUCAUGCGAGCAAAAGGCAGAGGAGAAAUAUGAGGCCGUUAGGGAGGAAGCAUGUCCCACUCCUGUCACCAGUAGCUCAAGCGGCGCUGUGAAAAGUGGACCAAACUCCGUUGCUCCAUCCACCAAAUACGACGUCUUCAGACAGCUUUCUCUGGAAGGAUCCGGACUGGGUGGUGAAGAAUUGAAAGAGAACACUCCUUCAGCCAAAAGCGAUGAUGAUUUUGCUGACUUCCACUCCAAUAAAUUUUCUUCCACAAGCUCAGACAAGUCCCUGGGCGAGAAAGCGAUGGCUUUCAGACACGCCAAAGAAGACUCUGCUUCUGUGAAGUCUUUGGAUCUCCCUUCCAUUGGCGGCAGCAGCGUUGGCAAGGAGGACUCCGAAGAUGCACUCUCUGUUCAGUUUGACAUGAAACUGGCUGAUGUAGGAGGAGAUCUUAAACAUGUCAUGUCUGAUAGCUCUUUGGAUUUGCCAACAGUUAGUGGCCAGCAUCCUCCUGCCGCAGAUAUAGAGGACUUAAAAUAUGCUGCUUUUGGAGCCUACAGUAGCAAUUUUGCAGUGAGCACUCUUACAAGCUAUGACUGGUCAGACAGGGAUGAUGCAUCUCAGGGCAGAAAACUCUCUCCAUUUGUCCUCUCAGCAGGAAGUGGACCCUCAGCUGCCUCAGUUCUUCAAAACAAAGAGCCUUCCUUUGGCAGUUCAGAAAGCAUCACCAUGGCAUCUCUCUCCAAAGUGAAAACCUUUGCAGGUGAAGAUACACUUCCAGAUGCCGCCUUUCCAGAUUUCGCCAGGUUUAAAGACGUGAUUCCUCAGACUGCUGAGCAAAAGGAAUUUGAAAGUGGCGACUAUCAAGAUUUCACAAGACAGGACCUGCCUACCACUGAACGAAAGCAGGAGAUCACAUGUCCAAGCCCAGCUUCCAGCAACGCUUCUCAUGACACCCCCAAGGAAUGCUCAGAUGACUUUGGAGAGUUUCAAAGCGAAAAACCCAAAAUCAGCAAAUUUGACUUUUUAGUGGCAAAUCCACAAAGCAAAAUGAAAUCUAGUGAGGAAAUGAUCAGAAGUGAGCUGGCAACUUUUGACCUUUCUGUUCAAGGGUCACACAAGAGGAGUUUGAGCCUUGGUGAUAAAGAAAUAAGCCGUUCUUCUCCGUCUCCAGCCCUGGAGCAACCUUUCAGAGACCGCUCCAACACUCUGAGUGAAAAACCCGCUCUGCCUGUCAUCCGUGACAAGUACAAAGAUCUGACCGGAGAGGUUGAGGAGAAUGAGAGGUAUGCCUAUGAGUGGCAGAGAUGCCUGGGAAGUGCUCUAGAUGUCAUUAAGAAGGCAAAUGAUACCUUAAAUGGAAUCAGUAGUAGUUCUGUUUGCACAGAAGUAAUCCAGUCAGCUCAAGGCAUGGAAUAUUUAUUAGGUGUCGUGGAGGUGUAUCGAGUGACUAAACGUGUGGAGCUGGGAAUAAAAGCCACUGCUGUGUGCAGUGAGAAACUCCAGCAGCUGCUGAAGGACAUCGAUAAAGUAUGGAAUAAUCUGAUUGGCUUCAUGUCGUUGGCCACACUCACGCCCGAUGAGAAUUCACUAGACUUUUCCUCCUGUAUGCUUCGGCCUGGCAUUAAGAACGCACAGGAGCUUGCUUGUGGGGUAUGCCUCUUAAACGUGGACUCCAGGAGCCGGAAAGAAGAGAAGCCCACAGGAGAACAUCCUAAAAAAGCGUUCAACUCGGAAUCAGACAGCUUCAAGCUAGCAUAUGGAGGACACCAGUACCAUGCCAGCUGUGCCAACUUCUGGAUCAACUGUGUUGAACCGAAGCCUCCUGGGCUCAUCUUGCCUGAUUUGCUCUGAAAAGCUCCUCUGGGAAGUGCAAGCCUGGGUGGGUUUUUGUUUUUGUUUUCUUUUUUUUUUUAAUUUUCUGUCACUAGACCUGCCAUGUGUGAGGAACCAAUAAAAAGAAUCUGACUACUGCAGAAUUCACCUCCAUGAAUCUGUGUGAAGAGAAAUCCCCAGCAGGUGGGGGGAUACCAAAGCAGAGGCAGUCCCCAGGCCUUUCUACAGGUGACCUUUGUCUCCUGGCUGCCACCACCAGUGGGACAGAGAUAAAAACGCCCCUGCCCCUCUGUCGUGGCGCCAAAAGUUGGCGAACUUAUCCUGAGUCUGUUAAGAUGUUUCCAAGAAUGGACCAUAAUUUUCUUCCCUACAAGAUAAUUUGCUGUUGCUGUUGCUGCAGAAUGGAAACUGUGAAGAAGCAAUGUUUGAAGAAAACUAAGUUAUUGUUGUAGAAUCUAAAUUAGCAAAACCGUUUUGAGCACGUGGUCGUUCAUAACUAGAACCCUUUCUGUCCUGUGAAGUUGAAUGCCUUUAUCUGCCUUGAGUUUAAUAUCUCAAAUGAAUAAAAGGGGAAUUUGUGA